AUGGCGGCAUCAUCACCCAUAUCGAGAACGAUCUACAUCGGCCCCUUUGUCCACAGUAAAUCACUCACUGAACUCGAGAUCCAAGAGCAUGGCGCAAUCGGCGUGGACGAAGAUGGAGUUAUUAGUUUCGUCGAACGAAAUCUGCAAGAAAAUGGCCUAUCAAGUCUUAUCGAACAGAAAGGAGACGACUGGAACGAUGCGCAGAUUGUCGAGAUCAACGAUACUGGUUUCUUCUUCCCUGGCUUCAUAGAUACACACGUUCACGCACCUCAACAUCCUAAUACCGGACUUUUUGGGAAGACUACAUUACUGGAUUGGUUACAGAAGUACACGUUUCCCAUGGAAUCUUCAUUCCAGAAUCUUUCUCUCGCACACCGCGUAUACCAGAACUUUGUGUCGCGGACAUUGUCACAUGGCACAACAACCGCCGCAUACUUUGCCACGAUCCACGUGCCCGCCACCAACGCCCUCGCCGAUAUAUGUUUGAAGCGAGGCCAGAGAGCGCUAGUGGGCAGAGUGUGCAUGAACAGCGACCUAAGCCCGGAGUACUACAGGGAUGAAAGCGUAGAAAGCAGUUACCGCGAUUCAAAAGCUAGUAUCGACUACAUACGCUCCAUCGAUCCAAAAGGGGAUAUCGUGAAACCCAUCAUCACGCCUCGAUUCGCACCUAGCUGUACUUCAGACUGUCUUUCCGCCAUGGGUAGACUGGCGAAAGAAACGGACGCGCAUGUUCAAACGCACAUCUCGGAGAACAAGGGCGAAAUUGAGCUUGUGAAGAGUUUAUUUCCGGAGAGCAAAAGCUAUACGGAUGUGUACGAGACCCAUGGGUUAUUGACGGAUAAGACCAUCCUGGCGCAUGCGGUGCAUCUUUCUGGGGAAGAGAGGAAACUCAUUCUCGAAAGAAAGAGCAAGAUCUCCCAUUGCCCAGCGUCCAAUACGGCAAUUACAUCGGGGUGUGCGCCGAUUCGUGAUUUGCUUGAUGAGGGGCACACGAUCGGUCUUGGAACGGACGUUUCAGGCGGUAACUCGCCUUCGAUACUGGAGAACGUACGCCAGGCGAUAUGGGUAUCGCGACAUCUAUGUAUCCAGACUUCUAGCGAUGCUGUAAAGCUUUCGACGGAAGAGGCUUUAUAUCUUGCUACAAGAGGAGGCGCAGCGGUAGUGGGAAUGGAAGAUAAGGUUGGUGGAUUUGAGGUUGGAAAGGAGUGGGAUGCGCAGAUGAUCAGCCUCGGUGCCGUUAGCGAGGACGGUUGCCAAAACGGUGUGUUUGAGGAGGGUCCGGUCGAUAUGUUUGGCUGGGAGAGUUGGUCGGACAAGGUGGAGAAGUGGGUAUAUAGUGGUGAUGAUCGGAAUACUGUCGCGGUAUGGGUGAAGGGCCGGCUUGUGCAUCGAACGAGCAGGUAUCCUGGUGUGAGAAGAGCUGCAACACCUUGA